UCCUCACUUCAUUCUUAGUUUGAAACCCCCUCUAUCCCUCUUGUUUUAGGGGGGUGUCAUUGGCAAGAGAGUGACAGCAAAGAGUAGAGAGAGAGAGAGAGAGAAUGGCGAGGCAAAAGGCAAUGUUCAAUUCAAGAAGCCAAGGCAUUGAGAAGAAAUGGGUGUGCAUUUUGCUUGUGCUGGUGUCUGCCUCAGCUGCUUCGUCUCAGUACAUUGUGGAGACACUUCCUGGGUUCCCUGGCCCACUUCCUUUCAAGCUGGAAACCGGGUACAUAAGCGUUGGUGAUGUCGAGUUCUUCUACUACUUUGUGCAGUCUACCGGGAAUCCUGGAGCGGACCCUCUUCUGCUUUACAUGAAUGGAGGUCCCGGGUGUUCGGGUUUGAACGCCUUCUUGUUCCAGCUCGGUCCGCUUAAGUUCAACAUUACUGAUUACACUGGGGGUUUGCCGACAUUAAUCUACGAGCCAGAUGCGUGGACUAAGACAGCCAACAUUAUAUUCAUAGAUGCACCAGUCGGCGCGGGUUUCUCCUAUGCGACGACGGCAUCGGCGUAUGAAUCCACAGACACAUCGAACACUGCACAGAUGCAGACCUUCUUAAGGAAAUGGUUGGCGGCACAUCCAAGUUUCCAAACCAAUCCGGUGUUUAUUGGUAGCGAUUCUUAUGCUGGUAUAUACACUCCCAUGCUUGCUACGGAUAUUCUGCAAGGGAAUGAAGCUGGACUUAAACCAUAUAUCCACCUUAAGGGAAUGAUACUAUCAUGUCCCCACACGUUCACCGAUCUCGAAACAAACUCAAAAAUUCCAUUUGCUCAUAGGUUGGCCCUCGUUUCAGAUGCACUUUAUGAGGCUUUAGAAGUAAAUUGCGGUGGGAAUUUUGUGGAUUCAACAAAUGUGACCUGCACAGAGGAUCUGGCAGCGUAUGACGAGCUAAUUGAAUUGAUCAGCAAACAAAAUGUUCUUGAACCUGAUUGUGCUUUCCUUUCACCGAAAUCGAAAGAAGCUUUCAAAUCAGCAAUAUCAAACCAAGAGAAGCACAGGAGGUCCAUCCAAGAGUUCACCAAGGAUUAUCUUGUGUCACUACCAAGACCUCGCGAUCUUUGGUGCAAGAAUUUUGACUAUCUACUUGCCGACAUAUGGGGUAAUUAUCCAAGUGUGCAAGAUGCUCUUCAUGUUCGACCGGGAACCGUCAGUGAAUUUUUCAGGUGCAAUAUUUCCUUAGCCUACACUGUAGAUGUCGACAAUGUGCUCGAUUAUCAUAAGAAUCUCACCAGUCUGGGCAUGCAACUUCUAGUUUUCAGUGGUGAUCAUGACAUGGUUAUUCCGCAUAACGGUAUCGAAGAGUGGAUCAAGUGGCUCAAUUUGACGGUGGACAUAGAUUGGAGACCGUGGUUUGUGGAUGGCCAAGUUGCAGGGUACACGAGGAAGUAUACAGACAGCGGAUAUCGAUUGACUUAUGCAACAUUGAAGGGAUCGGGUCACUCACCUCCAGAGUACAAACGCAGAGAAUGUUAUGAGAUGUUUCGCAGAUGGAUUCAUUACUAUCCUUUGUAGAUCCACACGUUCAAGAAUGGGUGCUAGAAUAAAGUUUUGUUGCUAAGUUAUGAGAAAAACUUUAUUCACAAGUUAUAUAGCCUUGUCAUGAUUCAUGUAAUUGGAAGAACAUGCAUUGAGCUACCGGAAUAACCGACAUGUAUUCAGCAAGGUACGGAAGGUCCACCAAGCAACGGCUACUGCAUUUCAAGCUCAGGUCAUAUCAGUCAAUUGUAACAGAAGGAAGCUCAGAUAUGAGAAAAUGUUGUGCCCAAAAA